UUUUUUUCCAGUUUGUUUUAUUACUUUGUUUGGGAUGCUUCUUUGCCGGUGCAGUCUACCCAGAUUGGGUUCCCUUUACAAAACAUCCCCCUUCCUGGAGAUGAUGAGGCCAUGGAAGCCCCGGCCAGGGCCUGACCUGGCAGGCACACACCUGGCUGGUGGCUCUGAGGUCCCCGGGGACCGAGUCCCCUGCAAGGGCAGGCUGCCCGAGGCCACACCUGCCCACCUUCCCUACUCCAGGCCACCAGCUGGUGUCAGAUUGGGCCACAGGGAGAAAACAGGCCUAGGAGGGAAUGGAAGGCUGGUGGGGAGGCUGUCACUCAGAAGCCUUCUCCCCAGGGGUCUCCAGGGGGAGCCUGGCUCAACUGGGGGGCAGUGGUUUACUUUUCCCUUUUUUCUUCCUUUCUUUUGUCCUCUCGGCUGCCCACAGCCAGAAAGCCAGGACCACCCGAACUGGACAGGGAGCAGGGAGGGAGGAGUGGUCGCACGGAGCGUACCUGAUUCAACAGGAAAUCAGUUGUUUUCUAAAACAGCCCCUACCAGAGCCUCCUGAACUCUGUGGGUACCACAUGCUGCUGUGAGCAUCUGCCCAGACAGUGACCCGCCACGGCCCGGGAGUCUGUGGAAGGAGUUUUGUAAAG